GUUCCCAAUUUCUAUUUCUGAGGGUAAACUCUUUUACCUAAUAUUUUUCAGACAAUUCUGAUUUACGGACUUUUCGAACCUAAUUCAUCUCUUCAAGAAAUGUGUUCUUUCACAUUUAUAUAACGUUUUUCAUCUCCACACACUUCGUUUUCUUCUGCAACUACCGGAAAUUCAGACAAUAGAAUUUUAUUAUUUUUUUUUUGUUUAUUGCGUUCGUCAUCUAUGCUCAAAAUUUUGGGAAAGUGGAGCUGAAAUCUUGUUUCUCGAUCGGAUUAUUUGUUAAUCAGGUACAGCAGCUACUCAUGUCAGAACUCAUCGAAGGUCUCCCAGAUGCAGUAGCCUUAAGAUGCCUCGCGCGGGUUCCGUUUCACCUCCACCCCAAUUUAGAGCUCGUCUCCCGUUCUUGGAGAGAAGCCAUUCGCAGCACCGAGCUCUUCAAAGCCCGUCAAGAGGUGAACUCAACCGAGGAGUUCAUAUGCGUGUGCGCUUACGACCCGGACAAUCUGUGGCAGCUCUACGACCCUCCUCAUGACCGUUGGAUCACCCUCCCCGAUCUGCCAUCCAACAUCCGCCACCUGGCGCACUUCGGCAUAGUCUCAACGGCGGGAAAGCUGUUCGUGCUGGGAGGCGGAAGCGACGCCGUGGAUCCCACCACCGGCGACCAGGCCGGCUGCUUCGCCACCGAUGAGGUCUGGUCCUACGACCCGGUAACUAGGCAGUGGGCCCCGCGGGCCCCUAUGAUUGUACCCCGGGCCAUGUUUGCUUGCUGUGUAUUGGACGGUAAGAUCGUCGUGGCUGGUGGUUUUACUGACUGCAGGAAGUCGAUAUCCAAGGCGGAGAUCUACGAUCCUGAUAAGGACACAUGGCAGCCGAUACCGGAUCUCCACCGUACGCAUAACUCAGCUUGUACUGGAGUGGUUUUGGAGGGUAGGGUUCAUAUCUUGCACAAGGGUUUGUCGACGGUGCAGGUUUUGGAGAAGAAUGUUGACCAGGGUUGGACCGUCCGUGAUUGUAGUUGGCUGCAGGGACCAAUGGCGGUGGUUAAGGGGAAGCUGUAUGUAAUGAGCCAUGGUCAGAUAUGUAAGCAGGAGAGGGAUUCGAAUAAGCUAGUUGUUUCUGCCUACGAGUUCCGUAGGAGGAUUGGUUUUGGUAUGAUUGGUUUGGGGGAUGAUAUCUACGUGAUUGGUGGGGUUAUUGGUCCGGAUAGGAUGAACUGGGAUAUCAAGCCGUCAUCUGAUGUGGAUGUUUUGACACUUGGCAGCGAGAGAUUGGUUUGGCGACAGGUGGCGCCUAUGACGAGGUGCCGUGGGACUGUUCUUGGUUGUACACAGCUCAGAAUUUAGAAGAAGAAGAGUAUAUGAUGGUUCUUGUUGUUGGGUGUUUGGACUUACUUUUUUUUUUUGGGUUGUCCAAUACUUGGAUGGAGAGGCAUUGCAAUUACCGAAUUACCCCUCUUCUAGUUUUUUUAGACUACAUUGGUAUCAGCUUUAGUAAAACUUUGGAUGGAUAUUUUUUUUUUUUUUGGAUUUUUUUUUUCUAUGUUAUGUAAUUGCACCUUGUAUGAGUUGUUUCUACAUUUAUAUCUGUUGAUGCAUU